AUGUCAUUGUCGUUGAUUGAUCGAUUGAAUAAUCUUGCAAAGCAACAACAACAAAUUCUGUUCCCUUCUUCAAAAGGUACAAUUUUAUCCAGUGAUUACAUUACAGGCGAUGUAAAACAAUGGGAAAACUUACUUAAAGACUUUCAAGCUAUCGAAGAUGAUACAGAUAGGGCGCAAUGGUUGCGAACAUUUUUCCUUGAAUUAUUUCAAAAUUUAUUCGCAACAACAUCUACUUUGACAGUAUCAAUAGAUGAAAUUGCCAGUUUCAUUAAUAAUUUAACGAAAACCCCACCGACUCGCUCACAUUUGUCAAUUGCUUCAAUGGUGGGUAAAUCCUUUAUUGCUACAAUGAGUUCUAUUCCAGAAACUUCUACCCAUGAGGAUAUAUUGAUCGAACUAGUUAAAAAGAGUACUAGGAUACAUUCUGAAGUUUUUAAAUUCAGUUGGUUAUCCUCAAAGUUGACUAGUCGUGCUCAGACUCAAUUAUUGAGACAUUUAUUGAAGAAAUCUAAAUAUGAAAUUACUAAAUUCAAUUUAUUAGCCGAGAGUUCUAUUGGGUUCUCUGAAUUAGUCAUGUUAUAUCUAACUGCUUAUAACGAUGAAAAUAAGAUGCAAAAAGUUCAAUGGUACAUCCAAGAGGCUACCUUUAUCUGCGGGAAAUACUCAUUGGACUCUGCAAGAUGCCUGGAUAUUUUCUUAUCAAUUUCAUCUUGCUACAUCGUCAACCAUUAUCAUUUCCUAAUUGAGUAUCUAAGUCACACAAGUCUUAUUACGCACGAUAAGUUUGAUAUUAACUUAAACCAAAUUUUAUGUUUCAACUUGGAUAAACGUGAUGCAGAAUCCUUAGUUGCAUACACUGAUAUGUGUGCAAUUCUAACAAAGGCUAAAUUAUUGGAUGGUCAGCUAUUAUAUCACAAUGUUCAACCAUCAACUGAAAUUCUUGAAAGGAUGAUUUCAGAUGAAGAAGAUAGAUUGGAAAAGGAAUCCAUGAAGGGGAUCGAUAACCCAUUAGCAAUGGCUUCCGCUUUGACUACAGAUGAAGAUGACGAUUUUGAUGUUCGUAGAAACAAAAAAACUGGCAAUCCGGCAAGUCAUGGGGAUAACGUUGAUAAGACAACUACAGAAAUUAAGAAGGAAAGUGAUCUCGAAUCUCUUUCUACAUCUCCAAGAAAGAUCGUUUUGUUGAAAAGUUUAUUAUCUCAUGGUUGUAUCGAAGAUGCUUUCUUAAUCAUAAACCAUCAUCCGAAAUGUGUAUUACUUGACAAUGAGAUAUCCAAGUUGGUUGCGAGAAUUUUUGAAUAUAUUAUCUACCAUUUAUACUCUUCAACUGUUUUCAAAUCCUCUACAGAAUUGAGUGCUCCUCAAAAGUUGAUUACAGAAAAUGAGCAGACAUUAUCAACGAAACCUAGAUUGAUUACAGAAGAAAUGUCACCCAAUAUCAAAACAACUUUAUCUUUAAAUAGUAGAACAGUUUUUUAUUUCCAAGAAUGGUGCGAUGGUAUUCAACAAAUUUCUAACAUCGACGAAUUAUUCGAAAAGUCACAUUUAUUGUUUUCUUUAAUUGGCUUCGAAUUAGCUAAGAGUGAAUCCUUAUUAUGCCAAAUUUGUCGUAUUGCUAUCAAUGAUAUAAAUAAUAAAUCAAUGGACGAUAAUACGAAAAUAGAUGAGUGGAUGAAUUAUUUUAGAAAAUUCAUCUUCCCGACUGUUCCUUUAUUAGGUGUCAACCCAACUCUAUCCAAUCAAAUAUAUUGUCUUAUGAAAUUAUUCCCAUUCGAAAAAAGAUAUUUCUUGUACAAUGAAAUGAUUACAAAACUAUCACAAGAUGUUUUGCCAUUGCGUAUGGCUAGUAAUAAGGCUGAGAGAGAUCUUCGUAGUAUUCUGAAGGCACUAAGUAUUGACACUAUCAGUAAAGAAGCCAGAAAGUUAUCAAACUUAGUUUCUUCAAAUCCGUUAGCCACAUUGAUUCCAGUGGUUAAACAAAUUGAAAAUUAUGAUAAAGUCUCUGAUCUAGUUGUGUAUUCAACAAGAUAUUACAACGAUUUUGCAUAUGAUGUGUUGCAAUAUGUUCUUCUCUUACGUUUAACACAACCUCGUUCUGCGAUACAGGAUGAUGGUAUAAACGAGUCUAUGUGGGCACAAAGGCUCUCUAUUUUUAUUGCUGGUCUUUCUAGUGAAUGCCCUCAAAUGGAUAUUUCGAAUAUCAUUAUAUUCAUCAUUAAAAAAUUACACGAGGGUAAUCCAAUAGCGACGUCAAUUCUAAAACAACUGUUAAACAAGGUUGCUGGUAUAAGAGAUUUAAAUGAAGUCAAUAAUAACAUUAUCUUAAUGUUAAACUCAGGAGAACCUUUAAAAUACGAAGCAAGAAAACUUAUUUUUGACACUAGAGAUUCUCAUAAAGAAAGAGCAUCAAAUUUAGUUUCCUUAUUUCAAAAAGAACAUUCUAUUACAGAGAUUAUCAUUUUGCUGUACAAUUUAAAACUAAAAACAAAUAUUAAUAAUGACCAUUAUAAGAUUCUUUCCACUAGAUCAGAUGAUUUAAACACGUUAUUAUGGUCCUUCAUUGAGUUAAUUAAAUUUUGUUCAAAUAAUAAAGAAUUUGUUGAUAAUGUUUCUUCAUUUGAUUCCUUACAUGACUUGCACCACAUAUCUGUUCCUUGGAUAUGUCACAUCUGGAGAGAUUUCUCUGACAAGAAUCGCGAAAAUUCCAUUAUCGAUCUAGAAAAGGUUUUAGAAAAGGGUCAUUUUAUCCAUAUUAAUUUCAACAACAUUGAACGUUCUUUAUUUAUUAAGUUCUGGAGACUCUCUUUAUAUGAUAUAUAUCAGGAUGAGUCACUAUAUGAUUUAGAAAAUAAAAAACUAGAAAAGGAAUUAACUGCUCAAGAUUUAUCUUCAAGAAAGAAAAAAUCAAUGCUUCAGAAGAAAGAAAAUCUACAAAAUGCCAUGGAAGAACAUGGCAAAAUAAUUCUUGAAAAUUCCAAACAUUUACUUCCUUUCUAUGAAAAAUGGAUUGCAAACGAUAACGAAGAAAAUAUCUUGGAGUUUAUUCAGUGCUGUAUCGUACCAAGAGUUAUCUUUUCGCCAUCUGAUGCUAUUUUUGCUACUCACUUCAUAUUUUAUGGAUUUAACAUCGAUUAUAUCUUAAGAUUAUUAGAUUGUUUUAUGAAGUCUAACAUAUUAAAUACUUUAUUAUUUUCAGCAACUAUAUCAGAAGCGGGCAAUCUUGGGAUAUUUAUCGAAACCUUCUUAUUAACCUUAGAGAAGAAAAGACAGGCAGAUGAAUUAUCAGAUAUUCAAAAACGUAAUCUGUACAAUAUUAACACCUCCAUGAUCGACCAAAUUAUUGAUCUAUUACAAGAGAAAAAUUACAUGUCAAUCAGAAAUGGCAUCGAAUUUAUGAAGCAUGUAUCUAAUGUGUUCCCUGUUAUAGAUGCACAGGUUGAACUGUUAAUAGCUGCGUUAGAGCAUAAUCUGACAAGUGAGGAGAGAGAAGAUAUCAAAUUACCCAUCAAUGCUUUAAUUGGUCACCUAAAGGCACGUCUAAGAAAACAACACAUUCCCCUAAUCGAGUUCUGUAAGUUAAAUGAAGAGGAAGAAAAAGUAAAGGAGGAACACGAUGCAGAACAAGUUGAGAUUGAUGAAUAUGUACGUAUCAUAGAGAAUGAGAAAAAACAAACAGAGCUCAGAAGAAAAUUAGAAUUGAAUAAGAAAAACAGAGAAUUUGGUGCUGAAAGAAACAAGCCUGACACCGAAGGAACGAACCAUGAAAAUGAUGUUGAUGAUAUAUAUCAAGAAGGUGAAAAAGAUUCUCGUCCAAGAGAACUAAAUUGGUCAUUAGGCAGAGUAUUUAGAUCGAUGUCAGAAAUGAUUUAUCAUUUGAAAAUGAAUAACAUCAAAGAAGUGACAAACACCAUAAAAGAUGAUAAAAUGUCAAAUACCGUUGCAAAUUGCAUGGGAUCUACAAUGCCUACGGAUGAGUUCAGAAAUAUUGUUUAUAGUACUGUUAAAGAUUUUUACAAAUCGUUAAUUCGUUAUGACAACAAUCCAGAGUUUGUCUCUCGUCUAGCCGAAAUAAGAGAGGCAUGCAAUCUGCUAUCUCAGAAACCAUCAGAAACCAUAGCUGAUAUGUAUGCAGAAGAUUCUGAAAGAGCAACACCUAAUAUCAGUAGAUAUAAUGCUACAGCUCCAUUGGUAAAGUCUGCUGCAUCAAGAACAAAAAUUGCCAGUAAGCCUUCGAAUGACUUAUAUGGAACAACGAGAAAUGAUAGUAAAUCUGUUGGAAGAGACGAAACUCGAUUCAACCGAAGCGGUGAUAGAUACAAAAAAAUUGAUAAAGUGUCCCAUGGUAGUAAGCAGCAUCCUUAUCAAAGUCGACAACAACUGAAUGGACCAGACAGACAGCAAGGCUACAAUAGGAAUAACAAUACAGACAAUAAUGUUAGGAAUGUCAAACGAGAACUUCCUACAGGUCCUGAGGGUUCAACCACUAAUAAAAAGCCUAGAAAUGACACUGGUAAUUUUAAAAAGAACGCAAGAUACACUCCUAAAUCUCAGGAUGAACAGCUUUAUCAAAAAGAUUCCCGUAACAAUAAUGCUAAUAAUGAUGAUCGUGGAAGAUAUAAAAGUUCAUUCAAUAAAAGCAAAAGUAGCACUAAUGUUACAAAGAAAUUUGGCAGUGCACCACCAAAACCUCAUCUACCGCAAGGCCCAAGAAAUCAAUCAUCUUCCGGUAGUAGGUAUCAAAAAUAA